ACCCCGAACUCAUCAGCCUAUGAAUAGUGCUAGCAGCUCACCAGUCUUUAUAAAGGGCCAUCAUCAAACUCUUUUCAAGACACAAACUUGUUCAUCCACAAAAACACAGAAUCUUAAACCGAGAAUGGCCGAAAUGUUAGUCAGGUCUCUCUUCUGCCCCUUCAUCAUUGUCAAUACCCUGGCCCUAGCAGCAUGGUCGUAUGGGCUGAACCAAAGCCGAAACCAACCCUCUUCCUUAGCCACCACAGUCGCGUACCAUGGAGGCCCUCUCUUGACCCGACCGAGUGGCAUUAACAUCUACCUUAUAUGGUACGGGGCUUUCUCUUUGAAGGAUAGAACCACAAUUACAGAUUUCUUUGCUUCCUUCAGUCCCAAGGGCCUUGUUCCCCACCAAGAAUCCAGUGUCUCAACAUGGUGGAGAACUGUCACUUCUUACAAAGACAAGACUCAUACCCCAGUUUCCAGGAUUGUAAGACUCGUUAAACAAGUUGGCGAUCCAUAUUCUUUAGGAAAGAACCUCAAGCGUGCCCAAAUAGGCAACCUAGUCAACAACAACAUAGUAAUUAGCAACAAAUUACCAGUAGACUCUAACGCCAUCUACUUGGUUUUGACUGCUAAAGAUGUGAGCGUGGAGAGGUUCUGCAUGGAUUCCUGUGGUUUCCAUGAUAGCGUUUUGGUGACCCCUAAGGGAAGCGUGAUAGUAUAUGCACACGUAGGGGACGCGGUGCAGUGUCCUGGUUUCUGUGCAUGGCCUUAUGCACUUCCAGCUUAUGGUCCUCCAGGCCAGGCCCUGGUUGCACCUAAUGGUGUUGGGGCCGACGGCAUGGUUAUCAAUAUUGCAACUAUUCUUGCAGGAGCUGCCACCAACCCUUUCAAGUCCGGGUACUUCCAAGGUGAUAUCUUGGCACCGCUGGAGGCUGUCUCAGCAUGUCCUGGAAUAUUUGGUGCUGGAGCUUAUCCAGGAUAUCCAGGAAAUUUGAUGGUUGAUAAAUCUAGCAAGGCAAGUUAUAACGCUUAUGGUGCGAAUGGUAAGAAAUUUCUCCUUCCUGCGGUUUGGGACUUGGUGGGCUUGACCUGCAAGGUUGUUUGAAAUUGAAUUUAAUUUAAUUGUGAUUUUCGAGGCCAUGCUAUGCACAAACUGGAAAUAAUAAUAAAAAAAAAAGGUAUUACAGAGUCGCAAAAAGUAGCCAGACUCUUCUGUAUUACAGAGACGCAUAAGGUCAAUAUCCAUAUGAACGUCUUUUAUUUU